UGUUUCAAGUCCCCCCAAUAGAAACUGUGCCUGAUUUGUGGCCAAUGUUGGAGAUGUAAAAAAGAAAAAGAAAAAAAAAGGAGGGGGGAGGAAAAACACUAAAGGGGUAGCUAUGGAGAUAGAACGUUUUCCUGGCUGCUUUCUUUGACAGGUGUUGAGAGGGGUAAAAGUCUUAAAACAGAAUCCAGCAUGUACGCCAAAGGUAAAGGAGCUGUCGUCCCUUCCGAUAGUCAAGCGAGAGAAAAGUUAGCUUUAUAUGUGUACGAGUAUUUGCUGCACGUCGGCGCACAGAAAUCAGCACAGACCUUCCUGUCAGAGAUCCGAUGGGAGAAGAACAUUACACUGGGGGAGCCCCCUGGAUUCCUACACUCAUGGUGGUGUGUAUUCUGGGAUCUGUACUGCGCUGCUCCGGACCGGAGAGAGACAUGCGAACAUUCCAGCGAGGCCAAGGCUUUCCACGACUAUAGUGCAGCCGCUGCCCCCAGUCCGGUGAUGGGCAACAUGCCCCCCAACGAUGGCAUGCCUGGCGGACCCAUGCCCCCGGGCUUCUUUCAAGGACCUCCUGGCUCCCAGCCGUCACCCCACGCACAGCCACCCCCACACAACCCCAACAACCCCAUGAUGGGACCUCACGGCCAGCCUUUCAUGUCCCCACGGUACCCAGGUGGACCUCGUCCCUCACUUCGCAUGCCAAAUCAGCCACCUGUGGGAGUCCCAGGGUCACAACCACUCCUGCCAAACAGUCUGGAUCCCACUAGACCACAGGGACAUCCAAACAUGGGCGGCCCGAUGCGGAUGAACCCCCCCAGAGGGAUGGGCGGCAUGGGCCCACAGAACUAUGGUGGUGGAAUGAGGCCUCCUCCCAACUCCAUGGGGCCAGGAAUGCCAGGGAUGAACAUGGGUCCUGGAGGUCGAGGUUGGCCCAAUCCCAACGCAAACUCAAUAGCCUAUUCCUCCUCAUCUCCUGGAAACUAUGUGGGUCCUCCAGGGGGCGGAGGCCCACCAGGAACUCCCAUCAUGCCUAGCCCAGGAGACUCCACAAAUUCCAGUGAAAACAUCUACACAAUGAUGAAUCCUAUUGGCCCUGGUGGUAACAGACCUAAUUUCCCGAUGGGGCCGGGCCCUGAUGGCCCAAUGGGUGGAAUGGGAAGCAUGGAGCCCCACCAUAUGAACGGAUCACUAGGCUCUGGUGACAUGGAUGGGUUGCCAAAGAAUUCUCCCAACAACAUGGCAGGCAUGAACAACCCCCCGGGAACUCCGCGGGAUGAUGGGGAGAUGGCAGGCAACUUUUUAAACCCAUUCCAAAGUGAAAGUCCCCACGGGAUGUCACUGGAGCGCAGGACUCCCAUCAAGAUCACCCAUCCCAGUGUGUGCAAAGUGGGGCUUCUGAGCAGGAAACAGUCUCAGAGCCACAGGAAGAGCCAGCUCAGUGACUCUCCCUCUCCGCCUGGUUUCCUCACAGGCCCAGGACAGUGAGAGUGGGGGACUCUGGCUGUCUGCAGGAACCCUCCUCAGCAACAGUUCUCUCAGCAUCAAGGCUGGUGGCUCCACUCUACUUUAUCAUGUUAUUAUUUGUUUGUUCAAAUGUUGUUUUUGCAUGCAGCAGUUGUGAGGUUUGAGGCUCACCUUCAUUCAGUUAAUGUGUCCUUGUUUUGAAAUGAAAAGCUUAACUGCUGAUGCAUUAGGGCAAGAACAGUUUAUAUGUUUGUAUUUUAUUAAUAAUAAUGAUAUCAUUUUCAUAAUUGAUAUUGUUAUAAUGAUGUAGUUAUCAUUUCCUGUUAAGGGCACAUUGUAUCUCAACAACAUCGACAACAGAAUAAGCACACACUCAAAAAUGCACAAUGACACUUCUGUUUACAUGAUUUUAGGUAUUUGAUGUUUCUUGUUAGUUUUUGUUUUGUCUCAACGCCCUACGCAUACCUCUCUGUUCUUCGUAGAACUUGUAGCCGAUGUCUUUACUACCAGAAAACCAUGGCACCAAAAUGUAAACAGUCAAGCAGAGUGCGAUAGGAGUACAAGAAUAGCUGUUCACCUGCUUGAGAUCACUCAUCUAGGAAUGACCCUUCCUGACACUCCCCAUCCAUGUUAUCACUGGAGUUCCCCAAAACGUCAAUGUGAAAAUGGAGGCGAUAUCAGAAACUUCUUUAUCCUUUGGUACUCUAGUCUGUCAGUCUUCUACAUGUCUGGUCACACGUACCCCUCCCAAAAUGUUGAGUCUGUGUAUAUAAGUGUUUGUUCAGGCUUGUUGCAUUACUGUGCAAAGAUGGACUGAUCAAAUGUAAUUUGGACAAUUGCUAAUUCUACUUUCAGUUCGGGUGGCUUUGAACAUGUAUUCUGUCUUGCGACCUGUGUCCUUCCAAUUCAGUAAAGACGGAAAGGGUUUUACAGACCCUCUAUGUUCUUCUAUGGAUUUGCUCUUGCCUGUAAAUACAACAUAUUUAGCUUGUAUUGUGGUUGUUUAUUUGUUGUUUUGAUAUACAACUUGUCUGUGAAUCCUGAAAGUGGAUCCUUCUCCUCCUGCAUUGCUUUGACUGUUACCCUGCAUACAAUCUCCAGGCUCAAUCUUUAUUUACUGAUUGUCAUACAGGCCACUUGCUAUCGGUUUUCAUGUCGUUGUUGGUGUACAAACCUCCAUCUGCUUCCUUCCAGUUAGAGUUGACCUCACAGAUCCUUAUGAUCCGGUGUCUGACCCCUCUCACAUGCAACCAUAGUUUAGAGAGGGGCCAACUCCACAGAGCUCCCAUCCACCUGUUCCCUCUGGGUCUGGGCUUGUCCAUGGGCUGCUAGAUCCUGGGUAUGGGGUGGCUGUAGCACCACUGGUGAUGGGAGUGUGAAAUGACUGGAGGGACUGCACGGUGUGGCUUAAUUCACUCUCCCGCUACAAGAAAGGAGUGCUCUAUAGAACCGAGUAGCUUUUAGUGCACCUACUCACACUUGAAUAUGUACUUUGAGAAAUGAGAGAAUUCCACCUGGUUGGACUGAAUUGUGAGUCAAACAAAGUCUUUUAUUCUAGUUUUUUGUUUUGUUUUAAUUUCUAUGAAGUCUAUUCAAUAAAUUGUGUGCAAAAAAGGCCAUAGAAUAUCUACACCUAAGGAGUGAAUUGACCCAAGGCUGUUCCUCAAACUUUCAUGUGAUUUUCUUGUGUGUUGUGCUAAGCGGCAGAUACCGUUUAUUUCAAAAAGUCAUUUUUCAACAAGCUACAUAUUUCUGUUCUUAUUUAAUAUCAUUCUGGCUUCUGUCUGUGAUUGGUCUUUUGCCAGUGACCUUGCUAUAGUGUUGGCAGAUACUUUAUGGAGUAGCUUGGAUUCAGAGCUGAACAGGGACAUCUUCUGGGUAAGUUGUUUUGAGGAACGACUAACUCCAGUGUUCCUCUAGCAGACUGACUGGCACACAGCCCUCUGUCCCCCACCCGCCCCCUACAGCCCCAUCCUCACACUCUUGAGCCCUCCUUUCCUUUAAUUUCCUUUUUUGUAAAUACUGUAUAAUGCAUUUUGAUAUCAUUGACAUGUUUUGAUAUGUCAGUCACUACCAAUGUAUACAGCUGAAAGUAAAUUAUAAAUGACUUGUCCAUGUUUUCAUAAUAAAGAGACGAUGUGCUGGACAUUUUGAUUGGCCAAAACAAAAUUGUGGUAAAAAUGAAAUAUUCAUGUAAAUUUACUUGAACAUGUGAACAUACAGUAACUGCACCCUAAACACUUAUUUCUGGUCGGGAUACAUAUGUGAAAAUAUACUGUCAUCCAUUUAGCUGGGUUUGAGGCGUCGUUUUAUUAUCUCGUAAGGACCGAGAGGGUGGUGAAGGGGAUGUAUGAUGUCAAUGAUGCUGUUUAUUCUUGCAAUUGGAGCGUCCUCACUCUGUCCUUGUCUUCUAUUACCAAUAGAAAUCAUCUCAAAUGGUUUCUAAGAAUGGUUAUUGCCUACUCAAAAGGCCAUCGUCUCAUUAAAACAUGUGACCACCUAUUAUUACAGUUUUUAAUAUGAAGGAUUUUUAUCAAUUUAAGAACUUUAAAAAGGAAAACAUGCUUAAUGUCAUUUUAAAUUAAAGAAUAGAUCAAAAGUAAUGCUUAUGCGGAAAAACUGUGUCCUUGCUAUUCACUCCUGAUGAAAUAGCGUUGUAUAUAUUGAUUCUCACUGAUCCUCUCUCAGUCCUCUGUGUAUAACAAUUGUUGGUCAUCUCUGUACUUCUAUUGUGAUGUAUAAUACUGUAACAUUAGGAAGAUUUGCGGGUGAUGGGAUGGUUGUGUGGGACAGGGGUCAAGGGGAGGGGAUAUAAAUAUUCUCCUGUAUCGUUCAUUGUCCUUUCUGAUGACAUGGCAGUAUUCUAUAUGAAGCAGUCUGUCCCUUGGGUUUGCUUUGUAUUUCAUAGUAGGAUAGUUCAGAUCUUGUCUUAGGGAGUUAGGUGUCUUGUGUAGGUAAUAAAUAUGUCCUUUGUAUGUUUCUUUAUAUUGUAAAGUUUCUUUAGACUGAAAGAAAAAUGGAUAAUUUGCUUAUCAAAAAAGAAACUGCAUCAAUAAUAAAUGUAAUUUGAUUUUU